GGCUGGCUGUCUCGCUUGUCUCCCCAGUGCGUCGUUCGGGGCUCCGUCCUCUCUCGUUUCUCCGUCGUUGUCGUCGUCGCGAAUCGCGACGGCGCGCUCGCGUGUUGCACUUUUCGAAAAUACGCGCGCUACCGGCGACCCGUUGGGGUCGCCCGACACCGCUCGUGCCUGUGUGUCUCUCUCACCGGGGAGCACGGUUCGCGACUCGAUGAACUCGUCGUUGCCCGCGUGACACUUGAAUACCACCGUGGACGCGUGCGUGACAGGUUCUCUCUCGCUGCGAACUUUACGUGCGAACCGUUUCUGCCGCGCGUGAGUAACGAAUGUGUUUCGCGUGAACGUGUCCGCCUGUGUUGUCAAGUGCGUUCGAUCGUUGACUGACUUCGGACCGAAUCGACGACGAAUGUAACUCGAAUACUCCGCGUAAUGGUAAAUUUUGCUCGUUGAACGCGGAUAGUGCGACGUAUGUGCCGACUGACGCGACUAACCUUUACGUUGAUGCACGCGCGUGUCGCGUGGCUGUCUGCGACCUGAAGUUUCCGCCGCACAAAAUACGACCUUAGAUUCGAGAAGUUGCCCCCCGUGGAGAGGGAUCGACCGAUUGACAAAGUGGGAAGGAACGAUUCCAGAACCGGGCCCGUUAUGGAUUCCUAUCCGAUGGGGGCACUAUGCAGACCGAGGAAAUCGUGCCUCGCGCACAAUCUACUGGUAUAGACAGCGGCCCCACAAGCAUCCCCGCAGGUUCCUUGCAGCAUCAUCUGCAUCACUCGUCGCAGAUAAAGUGUCCGUUGCCACCUCUGCUCCACAUGGCGGUGAAGCAGGAGCCGCAAGACGAGGAGGAACGAAGUCGUGACACGAAUGCGUUGAGAGUUAAUGGAAAAUUUGAUAGCCCGCAAGUAGAUGCAGACGUCUCGCCGACGUCCGUCGACGGAAAACACGGCCAUGGACACGAAACGAGCCAUCAUCAGAUCCAGGAACUGGAGGAGAGCUCGGGGCAAACUGUCACGGAUCUCAAUAACCGGGGAAGACCAAGCCGAGGUCGCAGAAAAUCACGAUGGAAGCUCAAGUUUCAUCACCAAGCGCUUCCUCCAGAGUACCUGGACCACUACGAGGCGUCGCUGGCCCAAGAGGCGCUCAAUUCAUCACCCACGCGUUUGACGGAGCCAACGAUCCCCAGUCCAGCACCGACCAGCUCCACUUCAACCCCGAGCCCCAUAGCGGACGUGCAUGGCUGGCUUCAGCGGAUUGCAGCCAUGCAACAGGAGCUCUGCCCGCAGAUCUCGCCCUCUCAGUGUUCGCCAAUCGUAAACUCUAGCCAACAACCAUCGGGCUCCAGAAGGUCUGUGAUCACUUCCACUUCGUCGCACACUGUCAACGCCAGUCAACACCACAAUCAUAGUCACAAUCAACAACAACAACAACAACAACAACAACAACAACAACAACCAUCGUCCCAGAUAUCUACCAGACCUCCAAUGAAGUAUUCAGAUCUGCCUUACAUGGGCGAGAUCACUUUAGACAAUAGCAAGCCUCGACGAGGCAGGAAACCGAAGAAAGCAGACAUUUGUCACCUGAUCUACAAGAACUACGGCACGAUAUUGCCAGGCACUCCUGGCCACGAGGAGAAGAGGCUGUCGCCGAAGGACAGGAUAGACUGUCGCGAGAGGAUCUCGCCGCAGAUGCCGUUUCAAAGGACCGACGUUCAGAACAGGAUCAGCAGCCUGCUGGAGAAGAGGCUGACCCAGGAGUCUCGGCGAACGUUUGGCGGCACGUUGGAGGGCUGCAGGGAGCAGGACGAGCCAUUGAACCUCUGCAUCAGAGAUCUGAAUCAAUUGAAGAUCAGGCUGUUGAGGAAACACGGCAACGUGUACGAGUCCGGGCAGGUUAAGAGCGAGACGUCUAGCGACGGGGAAGAGGUCGAGUGUAUAGGCAGCACGUUUCCCUCGGAACCGAGUUAUCGGUCUCUGGAUCACAUUGGCCGUGGCAAUAACACGAAUCACAACAACAAUAGUAUAAUUGAUCCCAUGUUGGGCGCCAAUCCUGGAUUCGUCUACUGGCCCAAUGCCGGCGUGUUCAUCCACCCGAUGGCGUUGCAGUCUCAGCUGCUCUACUAUCAGAAGAUGGCGCAGAACGACAAAUGCUACGGGAAAACGUCGGACCAGCAUUCGAAGGAACAGAAGAUCGUGCCCAAGUCCAUAUACUCCAUGAUGGAGACGAAGAGCAGCCCGCCUUUGGUACCUGCCACCGUUCAGUCUUCCUCUCAGACCGCGCCGGCCCCGGUGCCACCGCCCCCCGUCUCGCCUAGACCGAAGAGAAAUUUGCCAGUGAGCCAGACGCAGGGCCAGCCAACGAAGAGGAAACGCUCGGCGAUAUUCAUACCGCCGAUGCCCUCGGAGAACAACAACAACCCGGCGACAGAGGUGAGCAUAUGCAAGUUCAAGUUCACGGGCGGCGCGAAGCCAAGCCUCCAGGAGAAGAAGAGCUUGUCCGUGGACUCGGGCGGUAACUUCAGGUACUACAGCGGCACCGGGGACAAGAGUAUGCGCGGCUACGAGUUCUUCCCGAGGGAAACUCUGCAACAGUCGGCCGGACAGUCUGGCACCUCGACCGGGGCGUUUCUGAACGCGGCCGGCGAGAGGAUACAGCCAGUCGCCUGCCAGAGGGGCAGCCAGGAGGAUGGUCGCCGCAAGAGGAAGACGAGGAAGUCCCUGCAGAGGGAGAAACUCGAGCAGACGUUCAAGGAGAAGGGCUUUCUCAUUCAGACUCAGCAGCUCGAGUCCGCGGAGGGCGCCACCUACUGCAAAUUCAGGCAGCUCAGAAAGUUCACCAGAUAUCUGUUCAGAAGCUGGAAGGACUAUCUUCCUGGGAAUGUGCGUGAACUGACCGGGACAGUGGACAACGAAAUGACGGACGGUGACGUGGAAAGUGAUGCCAAUGUGCUACCUUCGCCAGUGCCCCAUCCCAAUAUGGUGGACGUGGCGAGUGGAUUCGUCGACGAGCAUCGAGCUCUCCCUCUAACGUGAAACCUAUCGCCGCCAGAGGCGAUUUCACUUGGUUCUGUUACGAGUCGAUGCUACUUUUAACGCGGCUAGGCACCCGUGUUCUUUGGCUGUCGGUGGAUCAGAGGACGUGCAUGGCACUUGGCGAUCGAUACCAUGGAGUAUCAGUUGGUCUAGGAGAUGGAUUAGGUCGAUAAAGGGUUAGGAUUAUUGUGAAGGAUACAGGUUUCUUUGGGGGGAGGGAGAUGAUUGAAGGGAGAAACUUGAAGGUUAGGUAUGUGAAAUAGGGGGGUUUUUUUUCAGUCCUGGGUACGUUUCAAGCAAGAAAUAAUAAUUAAAGUUUUACUAAAUUAUUAUAGUAUUUGAAUUGUUUUUGCUACUGUCUUAUCUUAUCUGCCCAGUUGUAUCAUUUUCAGUUCAAGUAAAAUAAAUUGGUCUAUUUCAUUAAAAUUAUAAAGUUUUAUCAAAUUUAUCGUGUCGUAAGAAU